UCAUUUUUAGUUCAACACACACCAACAUCUUCAGUUACAACUUCAAGGUCUUUUCGUAAAUCUACAGCUUUUGCUGCCAAUGGACGUCCUCUACAACAAAGCAUGACCCAGUCAAAAAUAGGUGCUUCCUCCUUUAACCUUAACAAACCUGUCGGAAGGUCGAGGACUACUUCAAAAAAUGAGAAAAAUGAAAAGGCAUCCUCCCUUUCUACUUCUCAAUUCAAUGGCAAAAAACAGGAAAAGAAGGAAAAUAAGCCUGUUUCUGUGGUGUCACCUCCAACUGAUGAGACUGUUUCAACUAGCAAUAAUAUGGAAGGAUCAGGUUUUUUUAAAUUUGUAUUUAGGUGA